AAUAAUUUAAAUUGACUUGAGAUGGACUUGCUCCGUCGUUGUGAGUUGACUUUCUUAGAAGUUAGAACCAUAGCAGAUUCUUCGUCCUCUGGAAAAUCAUUUCUAAGCUGAGACUUGUAGCAAUCUACGAGUUUGCUGCUAAGAAACAAACAUGAGGACUCUUGACAAGUCGAAGGACGAAAUUGAAUGGAUGAUUCCCGUUGAAGUGAUGCUGGGGUCACUUGACCACGGAGAAGUUCAAGCGUGCAGCAUUUUAAGAAUCCCAGACGAGAUUCGAGGCCCAAAACAAGAAUGCUACAAGCCAAAAUUGGUGUCUGUAGGACCCUUACACAGGGGAGCCACAAGGCAGAUUCUCUUAAUGGAAGAACCCAAAUGGCGCUACGCCAAGUCCUUCCUUGACCGCAAGGUGCAAAACAACCAAGGAGGACAGAAAAAACAAGAAUCAGGACCCCGAGAGAGGGGUAAGGAAAUUCUCAAGCUUGACAAGGUGGUUCGCGCUUCCUACGGCGGUGACCUCGACUUGGAUCCCCACGACCUCGCCAAAAUCAUGUUGGUGGAUGGCUGUUUCUUGCUAGAACUUCUCCAUAAGCUUGGGGAAUACAUGGAUCCACAGACAAACCAGCGCGAAGCUUUUUCCAGUGACCCAUUCCUAGAGACAGAGGAGAAGGUGCAGUGUGUGCUGAAUGAUAUUUCAAUGCUGGAAAAUCAGAUCCCUUUCAUUGUUCUCAAGAAGUUGUACAAUAGUGUCUUCCCUGAAAACAACAACAAGGGGGUUGCAGAAGAUCAUCGUGUGGCCGAUGUCAUGCGUAAAGCCUUUGGUUACCAUUCAAAAGACCGGCAUGGUUCGGCUCAUAUGCUUCACUUAAUGCACUUGUCCACAGUUGAAGAAGACAACAAUCAAGAAGCCAAACGAUUGAGACAAGCAUGCCGAGAACUAAAGCGAUGCGCUACUAGGCUUCGAGCUGCAGGAAUAACCAUUAAACCAACAAAUAGCAACAGCAUUGCAAAUGGUAAUGUCAAUGCUAGUACUAGUGUUAACAAUCAGCAUAAGCUUGUGGACAUAUUUGAUUUUAACAUAAGUUUCAAUGAGCAAGACAAGAUACUCGAAAUACCGGCUUUGCAUAUUAAGGAAACAACCGAAGCGAGAUGGAGAAACUUGAUUGCUUGGGAGCAGAGCAGAAUUUGGAUAAGAGGCAAGUACGCUUCCUAUGCUUUGUUCUUCCAAACUUUGAUAUGCUGUGAGCAUGACCUCAAGUUUCUGGAGAAAAAGGGAGUGAUAGUGAAUGAGUCCAAGAAGAGCAAUGCUGAAAUUAUGACAAUGUUUCGCACCAUCUCUGAUGGUGUUGAUCACAUGGAUUCAAGUUACAGUGAUCACUGUAAGAAACUUAAUGCACACCGGACUACAUUGGUCACAAAAGCGUUUCGCGAAUGGCCUAUAAUCACUUGGCAUAGGUGCAGGCAUGUUCUUGAGACUCUUGUGUUCUAUUGGUGGAACUGGCUAGGAAUUUUGAUACGCGAUCAUAUCCCAACAGUGUGGAAAUUUUUCGGCGUUGUGGCCGCGAUUGUGUUGCUUGUUCUCACCAUUAUGCAGACAUAUUAUUCAGCUAAGCAGACACAUUAUUCAGCUGAGCAGGCACGUAAUGCAACUAGUGGCUCUUAGGCAUCAUCAGCAAGAAAAGUGCUAUUUGUGUCUCUUAACGUUUUUUUCAAGUUUAAAACUGAAUGCACAUUUGUGAUGUUGAAGUUUGUGUAUGUUAAUGGAAGAGAUUUAGGUCCAUGUUGAACAUUGAAGAGGUGUUUUCCUGAAAUUAUUGUGAAUGAAAUCUUUUGUCUUGUUCUGUUUGAGAUUUUCAAAGAAA